AUGCCUAAAAGAGUGGCGAAGAAUGACAAUUGUGAUUUAUAUGUGCGGCUUCGUGAUGCUAUCAAGAAGAGGAAUAAAAAAGAAGCACAGGAGUUAUUGCUCAACAACACCAUGAUCGAAGACAUCAAACGUAAGUCGGCACAUUCACUAAUUCAUUGGGCAAUACUUAAAUUUGAAGAUGUAGAUAUUCUGAAAAUCCUGAUUGAUCAAGGAGGCGACAUUUAUGCUAAAAAUAAUCGUCGCCAAACUCCAUUGAAUCUUGCUGUUCAACUCUUGCAUGUCAAAGCUAUCAAGUUACUUUUGGAUAAAAAGGCGUACAUCGGCGAUAAUUUCAAAUCACUAUUGGAAAUUGCAAUUAACAUGAAAUCCGAAACAGUUGUGAAGCUAUUGAUUACUUGCGGAGUAAAAAAUAAAUUAUUCAGGAAUCUUAAUACAUCAUUGGAUUUGGCUGUUUCAAAAGGACUGCCGGGAAUAGUUAAAAUGAUUGUUCCUCACUGUAGACUCGGAAAAGAUAAGAGACGCGUUCACGAAAUUGCCGUUUUGAUUGGAGGCCAAAAAUUUAAUGCAUGUCUCAAUAUUUUGCUUCAACAUGGAUUUAAAAUGGAGUCUGGAUGCGAAGAAAAUGACAGCUUUGUCUUCGAUUCAGUAAAACAUGGAUAUCUAUACAUUAUGAAAGAGUUAUUAACACUUGGGCUUAACGUUGAUAUGCGGAAUACAGGAACUGGAUUGACACUUUUGCAUACUGCAUGUUUAUACAAACAGCACAAGGUGGCAGAAUUGCUUCUGAAGAACAAAGCUGACGUCAAUUCCAUUAUCGAAGCCGGUACCUUAAGAUGUUACAGUUAUUCAAUGUUAACAAAAUUAGAACGAUGGCCGGGAAAAACAGCUAUAUACAUUGUUGUAGAAAAUGCAGAUUUGAAAAUGCUCGAGACACUUUUGAGUUAUGGAGCAAACAUCUCAUACGAGCCCGAGUUCGUUAGUCUAAUCGGUCGCGUUAUCAAGCAAAAUCAUCUUGAAAUCCUUCAUGUACUCAUCAAACAUGGAUUCAAUGUUGAGGCAAAACUAGCUAAUGGAAAAACACUCUUACAUGAGUGUGCUACAUGUGAAAUUCGAUCAAUGCAGUUGUUUUCAGCAAAACCUUCAAGAUUUAAGCAAUGCAUUGAGUACCAAGCCGCACAAUUGCUUCUGGACAAUGGAGCCGAUAUCGAAGCACAAGGGUAUGAUAGAGAAACACCGCUUUUUAUCGCCUUGAAAAGUAACUCCAUUGAAAUGGUUGAAUUUUUCCUCAAAAAUAAAGCGAAUGUUCAUCAUAAAAAUAUCGAUGGCAAUACUUCAUUUCAUGUGAUAGCUCAAGAAACCGGAGUAAGUACGACCAUCGUGAAGCGCCUCUUGAAGUAUGGAGUAAACGUCAACGAGCUUAACCCCCUUGAUAUCACUCCUUUCCAGUUUGCAUGUUCAAAGUGGAGUGCCAAGGUGAUCGAAAUUUUAAUCAAUCAUGGAGGAGAUAUAAAUUGGAUAAAUCAAAAUGGUCAAAAAGCUCUUCAUUUUGCUGCUGCAGGUCAAGACUUUGAAAUCAUCGAACUAUUGUUGACGAAAGGAACUUGUCCAAAUGAUCGAGAUUACUCUGAUAGAACACCAUUACAUAUUUUAUGUAAUCAGUUGGCAUGUCCGCGUGCAGAAGUGCUGAAACUAUUUUUACAAUACGGAGCGGAUAUUGAUGCUUUAGAUAUCCAUAAGAAAACACCACUUUUUUAUGCCUGUAAAAGAGGACAUUUAAAAGCAGUAAAAGCACUUCUCGCUCAUCAUGCUAAAGUCAAUCAUGUAGAUGUAUUUGGAAUGACUCCUGUUUACGUUGCUGCUGAAUGCUCUACAGAAGUAGCCCGAUUUUUGAUGAGCCGAAAGACAACAAUUACCAAAUUUAUCACUCAAGAAGGAAAAACAUUACUUCAUGCUCUCGUUGAAGAAAAACGUCACACUCUCAUCGAGCAGUUUAUGAACAUCCUUAAUGUUCACAUUGAUGCUGUCGACAAUUUUGGAAAAACACCACUUCACUAUGCUGCUGCUGCAAUUCAGGAAAAAACUGUAAUAACUUUAUUACAAUAUGGAGCUGAUAUAAACAUUACCACCAAUCAGAAGCCUACCAUUCCAAUGUACAUUUAUGCAAGAGUGGUUAAAAUUCAUCAAGAUCUCACUCAAGUAUUAAAUAAUAUUCAUGAAAACUGGAAUGAACAUAAUAACUACAUACUAGUAAGAAGACAAUACAUUCCUUAUUGGAAGAAGUUGAGAUAUUACAAGAGAAUUAUGUCUAUUCUGAGGCAACAUCUUAUUAAACUGAAAACUGCUCAUAUGAGUAUUCAUCCUCAAAAUGUACGUUUCAGUAUUAACGACCAUACAAAUACAGAUGUAUAUAAUGAUGACAUUGAAAUCGCUAGUUUAGAAGCUUACGAAUUAAUAUGUAAAACUGAAGUUGAAAAUUUGCAGAUGACCAACAUUCCAGACACUAAUUUUUGCUUGCAUGACAUGUUAAUAAUUGAUAUACACAUUCUUGCUAGUCAUAUUGAUCUCGAAAAGAUUAAACUAUUUUUAAAGCAAACUCAUCUCUCUACAUCUUUUCCAAUUUAUAUAGAUCUUAUAAAAUAUCGUUUAUCAAAAGCUUUGAGGAGAAAGAAGUUGUUGAGUAUUGCUCGUAAUUGUUCUGAAUCCAGUAUCUUUUUUGGAUUACCAGCAUUUUGUACUAAUCAGAUAUUUAGUUAUAUUAGCAACAACGAUAUGGAGAACUUCAAUCAAGCAAUAGGAGUUACUAAAUUUAUGUCCAAUUCAGAAAGAGAUAAUUCGAAAAUAUUAUUAGAGACGCAGUCUACACAAUUUUUAAGACAACUUACAUGUACUAGAGCUGCUGAAUCAGAUGAACCAGAUGAGAAGGUUGUGAAAAAACUUAAAACGGAUGAAUGA